GUCUAUUUUACAUUUACUAUAAUAAAAUACUUUAUCUAAAACAUAAUUUAAUUAGGGUGAUAAUUUAUUCAAUUAUUAAUAAAGAUUUAAUGCAAUCUGAAGUUUUCUAUGUUUUUCAAAUGUGGACGACUAUCUUCUGCUUAUUAGUCUUUUCAAAAAUUAUUUUUUUUGUUCAUCAACCUCUCUAAACAGUUUUAAAAAGAAAAAUAACAUUGUAUAAAGCAAGACGUGUAUAUUUUACUAUAUACCGGAGCUUUUACAGCUUAUUCAUAUUUUAGUUAUUUUAUUUUAAUCAGUAACAGCCGUUAGAAAUCCUUAUUGUAAAAAACACUUAGAUCCUUUAAAUUAUCUGACACGUAUUAUGUUGUUAUGAAGAUUUUACUCGUAGAUUUUUUUUUCUAAAGCAUCAAAAUUAAAGAUCACAUCUGAGCACCAAAUCAAGUAAUUCCCAAAGAUUUGGAGUUGUAAACAUGGCAUUUAGAAAGUAGGUCGCUGCUUUAUUUCAGAACUCCAGCACCUGUCUUUGUCAGUAAACAGUGUGGCUGCAGUGGAGCCUCAGCGGGGUUCGGAAAUACAAUUUUAGGAACUAGAGGAAUAACUCCGUCAAACGUAAGCUGGAAAAUAGCUUUUCAUGGGUAAACAUGUUUUUCAUGUCAUAAGAAAUGAAUAAAAAGCCGGACAGUAAUGGGGGUUCUGCUGUAACUCCCUCUUUAAAAGAGCUGCACAAGGUUCUGUAUGGAGGUAAAAGAUUUGGGAAUCAUCUGGAUGAAGUUUGGCCCAACCUCUUCGUUGGGGAUUUGUCUGUUGCCAAUGAUCGCUACGCUCUAUGGAAGCUGGGAAUUACUCAUGUUGUGAAUGCAGCUCAUGGGAGGACAUGCUGUCAGGGGAGUCAAGACUUCUAUGGACCUUCUGUGGAAUAUUACGGAGUUCCUGCAGAUGACUCACCAACCUUUGACCUUUCUCGCUAUUUUUUCCCCACUGCUGAGCGUAUUCACAAUGCACUUGACACAGAUGGUGCUCGAGUUUUAGUGCACUGUGCAGUCGGGGUGAGUAGGUCCGCCUCUCUUGUCCUGGCUUACCUGAUGAUCCACCAACACUACGCCCUCUUAGACGCGAUCAAUAAGGUCAAAGAGUGUAGGUGGAUUUUUCCAAACAAAGGAUUCCUCAGACAGCUUUGUGCUUUGGACGAGAAGCUGCACAAGAGUUCAGCUCAACAAUGAGCUGAUCUUUAACUUACAGAUCCUCACACAUCUGUUUUCUUCCUGAAGAUUAAUGAAGCUUCGUGUUCCUGCCAGUGGAGGGAGACACUGGUCUUUGACUUUGAGCUGUUUGUUUCAGGAAUAGAGCUGAAUCAUUUACUCCCCUCCCUAUCUCUAUUUCUAUCUGAUGCAGUUUGAUAUUGUAACGUCCAGCAAUGGUCAGUUUUUAGGUACAGUUUGACCAUUCAACAUCUGGUCAAAAAGGAGACGCAAGACUGCAUGUGUCCCCUUUAUAUUGGCCUGCCUUCAUCUCAUCAGCUGGAGCUCAGAGUCUCUGCAGCUCUGAACACAAAUCACGAAAUGUCAACAAUAAUGUUCUCUCCUCAAGGUCCAGUCUUUCAGGUCUUCAUACCUCCAUAUAAGGAACACUCCAGCUCGGAUCAGUUGCUCAGUCAAAGAAUGAUUUCCUAAAAAAAGAUAUGAACUUCUACAAUUUAUAAGCUAGAUAAUCAUUAAAUAAACAUUUGUUUAUUGCUACUUAUAAUAAUUAUAAUAUAAUG